GCAAGCUUUUGAAAUUCUUGGGUUUUAUGUGGAACCCACUCUCAUGGGUCAUGGAGGGUGCUGCUAUCGUGGCCAUUGUCUUGGCAAACGGAGAGGGCAAGCCACCAGACUGGCAAGACUUUUUGGGUAUUGUGGUAUUGCUUCUCAUGAACUCAACUAUAAGUUUUUAUGAAGAAAAUAGUGCAGGCAAUGCUGCGGCUGCUCUUAUGGCAGGUCUUGCCCUGAAGACCAAGGUUUUGAGAGAUGGAAGGUGGAUUGAGCAAGAGGCUGCUGUCUUGGUCCCAGGAGAUGUGAUCAGUAUCAAGCUGGGAGACAUUAUACCAGCAGAUGCUCGUCUACUGGAGGGUGACCCGCUUAAGAUUGAUCAGUCUGCUCUCACUGGUGAGUCUUUGCCAGUUACAAAGAAGCCAGGCGAUGAAGUAUUCUCUGGGUCUACCUGCAAGCAUGGUGAGAUUGAAGCUGUUGUGAUUGCCACUGGGGUGCACUCCUUUUUUGGCAAAGCUGCUCAUCUCGUAGAUAGCACCAAUAAAGUGGGGCAUUUCCAAAAGGUGUUGAUAUCCAUUGGAAACUUUUGCAUAAUCUCCAUUGUAGUGGGAAUAAUCAUUGAGGCACUUGUAAUGUGGCCUAUUCAGAGGCGCAAGUACCGGGAUGGUAUUGACAAUAUUUUGGUGCUUCUCAUUGGAGGGAUCCCAAUUGCCAUGCCAACCGUGUUGUCAGUGACAAUGGCAAUUGGAUCCCACUGGCUUUCGCAGCAAGGAGCUAUCACUAAGCGGAUGACGGCUAUCGAAGAAAUGGCUGGAAUGGAUGUAUUAUGCAGUGACAAGACCGGUACCCUCACUCUUAACAUACUUACAGUAGACAAGAGCUUGGUUGAGGUAUUUGUUAACGAUGUUGACAAGGACACGUUAAUUUUGCUAGGGGCUAGGGCCUCCAGGGUUGAGAAUCAGGAUGCUAUUGAUGCAUGUAUUGUUGGGAUGUUGGCAGAUCCCGAGGAGGCCAGAGAAAGCAUCACUGAGGUGCAUUUCUUGCCAUUUAAUCCAGUGGAGAAGCGUACAGCUAUAACGUAUAUCGACUCUGAUGGCAAUUGGCACCGAGUUAGCAAAGGCGCCCCCGAGCAGAUCAUUGCAUUGUGCAACCUCCGGGAAGAUGUAGAAAGAAAAGCUAAUGUCAUCAUUGAUAAGUUUGCUGAACGAGGCCUCCGCUCUCUAGCUAUUUGUAGACAAAUUGUUCCGGAGAAAACCAAGGAAAGCCCUGGAGGGCCAUGGGAAUUUGUGGGCCUGUUGCCUCUCUUUGAUCCUCCAAGGCAUGACAGUGCAGAGACCAUUACUCGUGCCCUCAAUCUAGGUGUCAAUGUUAAGAUGAUCACUGGUGAUCAGCUAGCAAUUGGUAAGGAGACUGGUCGGAGGCUUGGAAUGGGAACCAAUAUGUAUCCCUCUUCUGCCCUCCUUGGGCUGCACCCGGAUGAUUCAACUGCAGCCCUUCCUGUUGACGAGCUUAUCGAAAAGGCUGAUGGCUUUGCUGGCGUCUUCCCUGAGCACAAGUUCGAGAUUGUAAGGAGGCUGCAAGCUAGGAAGCAUAUUUGCGGGAUGACUGGAGAUGGUGUAAAUGAUGCGCCAGCAUUGAAGAAAGCAGACAUCGGAAUUGCAGUGGCCGAUGCUACUGAUGCAGCCCGCGGUGCAUCUGACAUAGUCCUGACAGAGCCAGGAUUGAGUGUGAUUGUGAGUGCUGUGUUAACAAGCAGAGCCAUUUUCCAGAGAAUGAAGAACUACACCAUCUAUGCAGUAUCUAUAACCAUCCGUAUUGUGCUGGGUUUUCUGCUCCUUGCUCUAAUUUGGAAAUUUGAUUUUUCCCCGUUCAUGAUUCUGAUCAUUGCGAUACUCAACGAUGGAACAAUCAUGACUAUCUCCAAAGACAGAGUGAAACCAUCUCCAAUUCCUGAUUCCUGGAAACUUAAGGAGAUAUUUGCUACUGGUGUCAUUCUAGGCACCUACUUAGCUCUAAUGACUGUUUUAUUCUUCUGGGUUGCUCACAGUUCCGACUUCUUUUCUGAUAAAUUUGGUGUUAGGUCCAUCAGGAACAACCGUGAUGAGCUGGCAUCAGCUAUAUACCUGCAAGUGUGUUGGGUAAUUUCCAGAACUCAAACACACACAAUUUACGUGGUUCGGCAACUUGCCUACUCCACGGAGCUACUGGUUUGUAUUAAUGAAGCUUACAAACAAUACAAACAAAGGAGGAGGAGAAAAUCUUCUCUACUCAACUCAAGCUCUCUCUCUCACGUUUUUCUCUCUGUGUUUUCACUCUUCUCUGUGUUCUUCACACACCAACACUCCAGCUCUUCACUGAGCAUACAUAUAUAUUAA